UCUCAAAGAAGUCUAAGAAACUGGACAUUAUUGUGGCUGCUGCAGAAACGUUUUUUUGGACUUAAGGAUUUUACAUCUUUAUUAUUUUUUUAUGUUUGGUAGUUUGUUACGCUUUUUGGGAAUCCUGUUUCCAUCCCUUACAGUAGGUGGCGGGAUGCAGAUUCAAUUGUGCAAUCGCCAAUAUACCAUAGAAGAAGAUAUUUUAUAUGCGUGUGUGUGGGAUGAAAAUGGCCGCCGCUAACAUGGCGAAAGAGGGUUUUCAAACCCAGUUCGCCUCUGUUAUGGAGAAGGUGCUGAAGACGGCAGUCAUGGAGACAACGCAACUUUUCGAAACAACUAUUGAGGAGCUGCGAUCUGAAAUAUGCAGAAUUAAAGAAGAGAACAAGGACCUCAAAUCGAGGAUUCGAUCCCCUGAAAAUGCGAAGAAAUCGACGGGUGAAAGUGAAAGACAAACCGCAGAGCCUGGAACGAGUCAAAGAACAAACUCAAAUAUCGGCAAACGUGACAUUGGUGUCCAAUGUGUUCUGACAGUGCAAGCUUUGCCUCGGUCUGUCACAGACCUGCGUGAGGAGGACCAGUGGACGGAGCUGCACCGUGGGGCCUACGACAAGGAGGACAACCCACAGAUGGCCUUUGUACUGAUCAAACAGGAGGUGGACUGGGAGGCAGACUAUUCUGAUGACUACUCCCCCGGGUACAUACUGCUGAAGCAGGAGGGGGGAGAGCCCCCGACUCUGGUCCGCAGACAACCUCUCAGAGAGUUACCAGGCAGAGCCCUGGUCCCACCUGGAGCUGUCAGUGCCCUGGUCAACCGUUACAGCCAGGAAAGGCCUCCCACCACCCAGUCUACCUCAGCAGAGCCCCCCCUCCAGGGAGAUCCAGACACCCAGGAGGCCCCCCAGGCUCUCAGCCCAUCCCAGCCCAGGACCAAAGAGGUUAACAGUGGCAGUGCAGGCCAGGCCCCUGGAGCAGAACAGCAGUCACUGGUAAUACCAGCAGCAGAGUCUCCAUCAACAUUAGACCUGACAGAAUCUCCUCAAUCAGCAGCCACUAUCCAGUCUACAUCAACUGUUCUGUCUACUGUAAUGGCCCAGUCCACGGUAACUACUCUGUCAAAAGAAACUGUCCAAACGACCACAGCGGUCCAGUCGACUGUAGCGGUGAAGUCGACAGCAGCAGCGUCAGAGCGCCCGCCACCUGUCCUCUCUGGGUUACCCAGAACCCCUCUUCAGGAUACACAGCCCAGCCCCGUACCCCCUCAUCCACCCCCAUCUCCUCAACCAUCACCAGCACAGUCCCACACAGACGUUCUACCUAUAGCUCGUCCAAUAGCAGUGCCCUCAACACAACCAGCUAGGCCUACAGCUGUACCUGAUGGACCACCGGCCGCACCACCAACACAACCACAACCCCCUACACUUUUGGAGCAGCCGGGUGUUGCCACGGCAACUCCGCCAACGCCGGUCCAGUCCGCUCAGUUGCUGACUUUGUCUGAAGAACCUGCCGGCCCCCCUGAGGAGCAGGUGUCAUUGGUCACUGAGCAUGUGCAACCCUCCCCCACUCUGCCAUCACCGAAGUCCCCUGCUGUCCCAGAGAGGACGUCUGAUGAAGCCCCUGUACAGCUGUCAGCCCCUGCUGUAACCACACCCUCUGGCCCCUGUCAGAUGUUUAAGACACCGUUUUUAGCUCAGUUGUCAGUAGUAUCCCAAGUACGCUCCCCACCGAGGCUGGAGGAAGACGAGGAGGAAAAAGAGGGGCAGGAAGAUGAGGGGGAGAGGCUUUCCCCCCUCCCUGCCACAUCUACGGAAGCUGUGAUGACAAGGUCUGUCGCUACGGAGACGACCCCCGCCAGCGAGAAUAAAGAGGAGAUUGUUGUCCAUGCAGGUGGUGGCAGAAAGUCGAGUCGACGCGAAUCGAUCCUUUCUGGUCUCCGCCUCCGCUUAAGGCCCCGCCCCCGGGACAGUACUCCAUCUCCCGUGGUUGCUAAGAAACCCAGAGGAGAGAGAACCGCCCCUCUAGACCAUGACUACUCAAAGGUGAUGCAGAACAGAGGAGAAAAGUCCAGGGAAUCUCACGUUGACCAGGAUGUAGUAGAGGACACCUCUAACGGUGAGACGGCUGAUGACAAGUCUAGUGGACAAGGAAGUAGUAACCACAUCAGUGAGGAAGAGGGAGGCGCUAACACUGAUGUGACCUCUCCGACCAGACAGUCACCUAUUGUUGGAGGUGUGUCCAAAUCCAAGAAGAGAAGCAUGACCUGGGUGCAGGCUCAGAGAGGUUUGGCUCUAGCCCAGGCUAAGAGGAGUAGGUCGAAGGUCACUAAGACCUCACAGCGAGGUCAGAGGUCAGAGCUUAGAGGUCUGGUCACACAGACACCGUUUCUGCCUUCCACCCCACAGCGCCGCCCGUCGUACAGCCCCAGCCCUCAUGCUGCAUCUACCUCAAGCCUCAGCCCACGCCGCACCAGCCCGCGUUGCACCAGCCCUCACGGUGCCAACCCACACCAGGAUACGGGGGCGAAUGUGAACCCUUCUCCUACCACCCCUCCUCAGCCUCACCAGUUCAAGAUCAUUUCCGCCACCCCUCGUCGCGGCAGACCUCGUUCGGCGGCCGCGGCGGUUUUGAAUUUGAAACGUUCUCCCUCCACCCCUCAACCUAUCCCCUUCAUUGUCACCGUCAGCCCUCGCUCCAACUUCAAAAAGUCCCCCCCAUGCACGCUGACGUUCCAGCAGGCGCAGCGGUAUCACAAGUCACAAACAAUGUGGUCGCCGCCAGGACCGUUCCAGCUCCAACAGUCUCCCAAGUCUCCACGGAAACGUUUUACCAAGAACCAGUGCGCAGACUGCGGUCGUGUUCUGAGUAGCGCCGCUGCUUUAGAGAGCCACGCAUCCCUCCACACGGGGAAGCGCCCGUUCGCCUGCUCCACCUGCGGCAAGGACUUCCCCAACCUCAAGGGCCUCAACCGCCACGCCCGCGUCCACGGUGAACAGCGUGGCCACCAGUGUCCGAAGUGCGACAAGACCUUUGUCUACCGCUUCGGCCUGACCAAGCAUGAGCAGAUGGUCCACAGCGGCGUGCGCCCAUUCAUCUGCCCGAUCUGUGACAAACGCUUCGUCAUCCGGCGCGACAUGGAAACGCAUCUCCGCGUUCACACCGGAGAGAAACCAUUUGCCUGUUCCCUCUGUGUGAAGCGGUUCAAGAGGCGUGUGGAGCUGAAUGUUCACCUGAGGUGGCACAACGGGGAGAAGAGACACUGGUGCUCGUACUGCGGGAAGGGCUUUCUAGAUUACAAUAAUCUGAAGAGGCACAAAUUUGUCCACACUGGGGAGAAACCUUACACCUGCUCUGAGUGUGGCAAGCACUUCAAACAGACUGGCCAUCUGAAGAAACACCUGAAGACAAUACACAAAGACAGAUAGAGGGCAGGGUACGAGUCUUAAAUGACACCCUAUUCCCUAUAUAGUGCACUACUUUGGACUAGAAAUAUAGCACUAUAUAGGGAAUAGGGUGUCAGAUGGUGAUGAGGGAAUAGUUCUCUCUAUUUGCUGUGAAUUCGCUUUUGUUUGGAAGAAUCAUGCCACGAGAGAAUGUAGCAAAAUGUUAAAAAUAAAUUUUUAGAAUUGAGUUGAUUAAUUUAAUUAAAACUAAUUCUGGUUGUCA